UUCGUGCCUGAAGACAUGCCGGAUCACGGACCGGGACGGGUGCACCGUUUUCGCGACCACGUCGUCGCCGGCGUCAACUGGCGACCGACACGGUUCGUCGACGAGGUUCCCAGUUCACGUGUGUGCGGCCUCUGCCGUAUGAUACCGAAGCGGAUGGUGCUGAUGCCGUGCGGUCACGCUCUCUGCGAAUCUUGCCACGCAGGCAGUCUCGAAGCGGGCGUUGGGCGGUGUCCGUUGGAUCGAGAGCCAUUCGAAGAAUCGGAGUGCGUCGGUUAUGAAUUCCCGACCAGGAAAGCAAACGCCGUGAUGGUGUACUGCUGGAACGAAGCGCACGGCUGCGAGUACACGGGCACCGUGGAGCGCAUGCUGGAACACUACGAGAACGAGUGCACAUUUCACACCGUGCAAUGUUUGGGAUGCGGCGAGGGAGUCCAGCACAGAGACCUGGCAACGCACUACGGGGCCGGAUGCAGUGCCGGUGUUUCUACCGCGAUCACAGAGUCCUCGGAGCAUACAGCGCUGACCCUUGCUCACGUGAAUGCUGCCCUAGAAGACGUGAAGGCGAUGCUGGGAUGCCUCAACCACGACCAGCUGCUGCCAGUGAUUCAGAGUCAGUUCAAUGAGCUUAAAGAAGAAGUCAGAAACCAGGAAGCCAGGUUAGCUGGGAUCACUCGCGAGCUGGAAGCGUGCGAGCGCAACUUAAAGACCGAGAUGGAUCAAAUCGCCGCCACGAUCUCAUCGCCCGUGCCCCACCAACUCACAUCUCAGCAAAAUCCAUUGGAGGAAGCCGGCACGUGGAGGUCACUGUCGUUGCACUCGAAACAGGAUCUGAUACUAAGAAAGUUGGAAGGUUUAGCGCACCUGGAAAACUGGUGGAAAACUUCCCAGAAGCCUGGUUUUGGCCGUGUCAUUGCUCGUUGUGACACUUUGUACACUGAUGUCCGGCAUUUGAUCAGUGCGCUGUCGGCACCCGCUUCAUUUGAACGAAUUCCGUACGUGGAAUAUCCGCUGACCCUAGAAAACUGUGAGGAAAUCGAGGAAGUGCAUAAAAAGUUUGCUGAGAUUACGGUGUGGCACAUGAGGGACACGUACUUUACGAUUCAGGUUCGGAACACCGGCGCUAUUCUAACACCUGCCAUCACUGUGCAGAUCGAGUUCAACGGUAUGCUGGAGGACUCCAAGUGUUGGCCGCCUUUCUGGAGCGUGGGCGUGUUGCAUCCAGUAACAUACGGCCUACUUUCGUUGACUCCCGCUGCCAUGCCUUGUCACUGCUACCGCCAUGACCCCUCAUUGCUGCACUUCCACCUAGAGUUUACUACAGACACUGCCCCGCUGAAGAAUGACGGAUACCUCCGAGACGGAAAGAUGGAGUUCCGUAUCUCGCUCACCUCUUCAAAUUCGGGCCGUAGCAUCGCAAGGGCACAUUAACGUUCGUCAUCGCAGAAUGCGUACGGCACCGGAGAAUCCUCCUUGCCAUUUCACAAGAUGUGUCCGAUGAGCUUAACGAAUUUUCGAUCUUCUUUCCACUAAAUAAAGCGAGCUCUGCGACAUUUGUUUUUUUAAAAUUGCUUUCCUUUGUAACUGUCAACUAACUGUUCUCUGACUUUACUGGCCGUUCAUUUUGUUUAUUUCUUGUGCUAAUACGGUUUUUGUUCCGAAA